GAAAUAUUCAUGGAUAACAUUAGCAGUGGAGAGGAAGAAGACUGGAUAGGAAGAAGAGUGAAGGAGACAGAGGAGGAAAGAUUGGAGAGGAAGGAGAAGGAACAAUUAAGGGAGUAAAAAGAGUGAAGCAAGGAGAGUGUAGAAGAGUGAGGUGGAAAGGUGAAGAGAAGGAAAGGAAGACGAGUGAAGAAAAGAGGAGGAGAAGAAAACGUUGAGAGCGUAAGAAGAGUGACACAGGGAGAGUCAAGAAGAACAGACAGAGGAGAUACAAUGACUCUGCUAGCUACCAGAGACUCUGUGUUCGAGCCCAGGCUCUGUCGCAGCCGGCCGCGACCGAGAGGUCCAUGAUUUUCACCUUCAGAGUAGAAAGACCGAAGGGCUUUAUUGAGUUUGUUGGCCAGGAGUACCAUAACAUUUUAGGACACAGCAAUGUUCGCUGGAUGUCCAUGCUCCCUGCUCUAGAAAGAGUGCUGAAAAUAUAUUUUGAAAUCAGAAAUUAUUUCUGAAGACAAAUGCUCUGUUGUCCUGUGAACAAUGUACGAAGAUCCACUGACUGAACUUUGGCUGGCCUUUGUCCAUGGAAACUUGACUGUAUUCAGUGACACGAUCAGGAUGCUUGGAGGCCAGGGCCACUGUGCGGAGUCCGCUGCAAUUCUGAGAAACGUUGAGGAAAAAUUGACUGCAAGAUGUGAUGACAACUUCAUUCCAGUUUUGGUCAGAGGACUUCUGAGAGAGCUAGAGGGAAAUGGAGCAAUGUCUAAAGAGAGCUUUCUCAAAACAUCCCAAUCAUUCUUCACUACGGCUGUGAACUACUUGCAAGCAUGGGGAAAGCACACAGAUCAUCUAAAAGAUUUACAUUAUCUCCUUUUAAAAAGGCAACCUCUGCGUGAAGAGAUCCAGAAGGCAGCAGGCACACUGCAGGAUUUAUGCCCCAAUGUGACCAUCAAUGAGGAUGCAUGGUGUGACGAGGUUACUGGCCUGCAAGAGUUACUAAAGGGGGGAUCGCUUGAAGAAUGGAAAACAUCUGAGACAGUUCUUAGUCACAGAUGGAGCACGGUGGUUACCCACUUCAAAGAGAAUGACAUCCCACACCUGGCUAGAUUAGUGUCUGUUGUCAUGUGCUUACCUGGAAGUAAUGCACCAGUCGAGAGAGUGUUCUCCCAAAUUAAUUAUCUAUGGACAGCAGUAAGAAAUAGGUUCACUGUUCCUUACCAUCAAGGCCAUGCUUAUUGUGAAGACAAACUUCAACCUCCCCUGCCAGGAGUUCAUAGAGAAGCUGGCCAAAGACAGAGCAAUCCUGAAAAAAAUACAUUCUUCUGAGAAAUAUGCCAAUGAGGUUGGUAUAAAUAUAAAUAUAAUGUAUUUACCAAUCUCAUCAGCAUCUUAUUUCUUUAUUAUGUUAACUAUUUCACAUAUACUAUUGUCUGUUUUUUCAAUUUUGCUCAUGUUCUCUUCUGCUCUCAUUCUACCAGGACCACUGAAUGGCUGUUCAGAUCGGACAGUUUUGUCUUGUCUGUAGUGUUUCUGUAAUAUAGUUGUUUUCUUUGUCUAUCACAGUGUGCCUAUUAGACUAAAUACAUGAAACCAGAAUUGUCCCCCUUUAUAUUUCAUAGAUAAUAAGAUUGGAUAUUUUAAUUAUAUAUUGACCGCCAAACUGGAAAUGUCUCCGGUUUUCAUUUCAGAAAUCUGGUCACCUUAUUUUAAAAUCACUUUUUUUUUUUUUAGGUGGGGGAUUUCUCCCACAAUAUCUGUAUAUCUAAAAAAAAAAAGUAGCAAAACGGAUUUUAUAUUUUCAGAAAAAAACUGAUCUGGUUUGGGGUAUGCACCUCGUGUAAAGUGUGAUGUAUUAUGCAUUUUUCUGAGGGGUGUUUUUGAACAGGCAUUUUAUUUGACGCCUACUCCCUGCAGAUGAGCGGAGAAAACCCCGUCGCAGGCUUGGAAAGCCCUCUUCUCAUGAUCCGCCAUUAGUAGGAGACCGGUGGUGGAUUGAUCGCCAAGAUGCAGAUUUUCGUCAAAACCCUCACGGGGAAGACUAUAACCCUCGAGGUUGAGCCUUCAGACACCAUUGAAAAUGUCAAGGCCAAAAUCCAAGACAAAGAAGGUAUCCCUCCCGAUCAGCAGAGGUUGAUCUUCGCUGGUAAGCAGCUGGAGGAUGGACGCACACUGUCCGACUACAACAUUCAGAAGGAGUCCACUCUGCAUUUGGUGCUGAGACUGCGUGGGGGUGCCAAGAAGAGGAAGAAGAAGUCCUACACCACUCCCAAAAAGAACAAGCACAAGCGGAAGAAGGUCAAGCUCGCAGUGCUCAAGUACUACAAGGUUGAUGAAAAUGGCAAGAUCCACCGUCUGCGUCGUGAGUGUCCAGCUGAAGAGUGUGGUGCUGGUGUGUUCAUGGCCAGCCACUUUGAUAGGCACUAUUGUGGCAAGUGCUGCCUCACUUACUGCUUCAACAAGCCAGAGGACAAGUAAACCAAUGGAAUGGACUAAAUAAAAUGUUUCAUCAAUCAC